AUGAUUGAAUAUCCUUUACAAUGCCAAGUGGAUGGUCACGAGUUCAGUCCUGUCUUGGGAUGUUGCAAGUGCAGAACCUGUAAAAAUUUAAAGCCCUAUUGUCAAUAUUGCAUAAUCGACUUCCAUGCUGAACAUCUAAAACAAUUAUAACCAUUGUCAAAGAUCCCUGAAUGGAUUCAAUAAAAGAUCCUAAUUCAAAAGAGUGUUGGCAAAUAUAUUAGAGAAAUAUCAAUGUUGGCAUAAAACUUAGACGAUAUGCUCUAUCCCUUGUACAUCCAGUCAGAAACAAAUUUAGCAUAUCUAAAUUUAAAGAACUUGAACUUGUUAACUAUUAAAUUACUGAAAAUAGAUACGAUUGAAACGAAAAUAAUACCAAAAUUAAAUGAUUUAAUGACAUACAUAGAAGCCUUGAACAAGGAAAUCAAAACCCUUGACUCCACUGUUGAUUUCGAAAAUCAAACAUCCUCCUUUACAGUUACUUCUGAGUAGAGAGAACUAACCUAAAGACCUUAGGAGAAUUUACAAUAAGAAUCGAAUCUCAGUGGUAAUUCACAACAAAAAAUGGAUUUCAGAUACACCGCUGAAAAAUUGAAUAUCAAUUUCACCAAACAAAACUUGGAGAAGGUCAAAAAAAUUAGUAUAGACAACGGUGGUAAAAUCAUUAAAAGUGGACCUGAUUUUUCAAGACUCAUAAUAUGUGAACCUGAAAUUCCUAAUAAUCUGAUCUCAAGGUUCGCUCUCCAAAUAUUAAAGCACAAAUGGGUUUGUGUUGGAGCUUGUCAUAAAUCAAUCAUUCAGAAAUAAAAAAACGAUUUGAAUCUGUGUAAAAUUGGGCAUGGAGCGUAUUUGAUAGAAAAUUCUGGGUCUACCUAUUCUCAUCUUGAUAAGGAAGUCAACAAUACUGAGCACCCCUUUAAAUUUUUCAAAAAUGAUAUCAUCAUCAUUGAAAUAAAUAUGAAGGAAGGAAAAAUUAUAUGGAGAAAAUAAUCGAAUCUAAUAUUAUGGAAAAUGACAAUAGAUACAACCUUAGAUUUGCAUCCGUGCGUUCACAUAUUCAAUUCAAAAGUAUAAAUCAUAGACGAAUACUGA